GGUGGGGUCUAGAGCGGGCUUGUGGCGCGCUACUCCCUCCUCCUUACCCCCCCCCUCCCUGUCCGGUCCGGGUUCGCUUGCCUCGUCAGCGUCCGCGUUUUUCCUGGCCCCCCCCAACCCCCCCGGACAGGACCCCCUUGAGCUCGCCCCUCAGCUGCCACCAUGAGCGACCAAGAUCACUCCAUGGAUGAAAUGACAGCCGUGGUGAAGAUUGAGAAAGGAGUUGGUGGCAAUAACGGGGGCAGUGGUGGUGGUGGCUUUUCUCAGACUCGAAGCAGCAGCACAGGCAGUAGCAGCAGCAGUAGUGGAGGCGGUGGAGGGCAGGAAUCCCAGCCAUCCCCUUUGGCUCUGCUGGCAGCUACUUGCAGCAGAAUUGAGUCACCCAAUGAAAACAGCAACAACUCCCAGGGCCCAAGCCAGUCAGGGGGCACAGGUGAGCUUGACCUCACGGCCACACAACUCUCACAGGGCGCCAAUGGCUGGCAGAUCAUCUCUUCCUCCUCUGGGGCUACCCCUACCUCAAAGGAACAGAGUGGCAGCAGUACCAAUGGCACCAAUGGCAGCGAGUCUUCCAAGAAUCGCACAGUCUCUGGUGGGCAGUACGUUGUGGCUGCCACCUCCAACUUACAGAACCAGCAAGUCCUGACAGGACUACCCGGAGUGAUGCCUAAUAUCCAGUAUCAAGUAAUCCCGCAGUUUCAGACUGUUGAUGGGCAACAGCUGCAGUUUGCUGCUACUGGGGCCCAAGUGCAGCAAGAUGGCUCUGGUCAAAUACAGAUCAUACCAGGUGCGAACCAACAGAUCAUCACAAAUCGAGGAAGUGGAGGCAACAUCAUUGCUGCUAUGCCAAACCUACUACAGCAGGCUGUCCCCCUCCAAGGCCUGGCUAAUAAUGUGCUCUCAGGACAGACUCAGUAUGUAACCAACGUACCAGUGGCCCUGAAUGGGAAUAUUACCUUGCUACCUGUUAACAGCGUGUCUGCAGCUACCUUGACUCCUAGCUCUCAGGCAGUCACCAUCAGCAGCUCUGGGUCCCAGGAGAGCAGUUCACAGCCAGUCACCUCAGGGACUGCCAUCAGUUCUGCCAGUUUGGUCUCAUCACAGGCUAGUUCCAGCUCCUUUUUCACCAAUGCCAAUAGCUACUCAACAACUACUACCACCAGCAACAUGGGGAUUAUGAACUUUACCACCAGCGGAUCAGCAGGGACCAAUUCUCAAGGCCAGACACCCCAGAGAGUCGGCGGACUACAGGGGUCUGAUACUUUGAACAUCCAGCAGAGCCAAACAUCUGGGAGCUCACUGCAGGCAAGUCAGCAGAAAGAGGGAGAGCAAAGCCAGCAGACGCAGCAGCAGCAGCAGCAAAUCCUUAUCCAGCCUCAGCUAGUUCAAGGGGGACAGACCCUGCAGGCCCUCCAGACGCCGUUGUCAGGGCAGACCUUUACAACUCAAGCCAUCUCCCAGGAAACCCUCCAGAACCUCCAGCUUCAGGCUGUUCCAAACUCUGGCCCCAUCAUCAUCCGGACACCCACAGUGGGACCCAAUGGACAGGUCAGCUGGCAGACUCUUCAACUGCAGAACCUUCAAGUUCAGAACCCACAGGCCCAGACAAUCACCUUGGCCCCAAUGCAGGGUGUUUCCUUGGGGCAGACCAGUAGCAGCAAUACCACCCUUACACCCAUUGCCUCAGCUGCCUCCAUCCCUGCCGGCACCGUCACUGUGAAUGCUGCUCAGCUCUCCUCCAUGCCUGGCCUCCAGACCAUUAACCUCAGUGCGCUGGGUGCUUCAGGAAUCCAGGUGCACCAGCUUCCAAGCCUGCCUUUGGCCAUAGCGAAUGCCUCAGGUGAUCAUGGAGCUCAGCUUGGCCUCCAUGGGGCUGGUGGUGAUGGACUACAUGACGACACAGCAGGCGGAGAGGAAGGAGAGAAUAGCCCCGACCCCCAGCCCCAAGCUGGUCGAAGGACCCGGAGGGAAGCAUGCACGUGCCCCUAUUGUAAAGACAGUGAAGGAAGGGGCUCUGGAGAUCCUGGCAAAAAGAAACAGCACAUUUGCCAUAUCCAAGGCUGUGGCAAAGUCUAUGGCAAGACUUCACAUCUACGGGCACAUUUGCGCUGGCAUACAGGCGAGAGACCAUUCAUGUGUACCUGGUCAUACUGUGGGAAACGCUUCACACGCUCAGAUGAGCUACAGAGGCACAAACGCACACACACAGGUGAGAAGAAAUUUGCCUGCCCUGAGUGUCCCAAGCGCUUCAUGAGGAGUGAUCACCUGUCGAAGCAUAUCAAGACCCACCAGAACAAGAAGGGAGGCCCAGGUGUAGCCCUGAGUGUUGGCACUUUGCCCCUGGACAGUGGGGCAGGUUCAGAAGGCAGUGGCACUGCCACCCCUACUGCCCUUAUCACCACCAAUAUGGUAGCCAUGGAGGCCAUCUGCCCUGAGGGCAUUGCCCGUCUUGCCAAUAGUGGCAUCAACGUCAUGCAGGUUGCAGAUCUGCAGUCCAUUAAUAUCAGUGGCAAUGGCUUCUGAGAUCAGGCACCCAGGGCCAGAGACAAAUGGGCCAUACCCAUCAACCCUGGGGUGCACAGUAGCAUGGGUCCAAGAGACAUGUGGGGGGAGAGAGCCACGAGGCAUUAAAAUGCAUGGUGGUGGGAAGAGUUGGGGAGGGACACAAGAGAAGAGACGGGGUCCUGGCUCCCACUUAGAUCAUCCAUACCUUCUUGAAAUGGGAAGCAUUAGAGAAAGUUCUGCCGGUGCCACCCUCUAAACAUUUGUUUGACCCCAGUUUCUUCUUACCCCAACCUCCCUUCCUGCGCAUUUCUCCUCUCAGAUCCCCCAUGAUGGAUCCCCCCCUUUCCUAAAGCCAUCAUGCCUUGAUAAAUAUAUAUGAUCAUUGAAAUUCUUUUUAACAAAAAAACAGAUUCUAUAUUAUAUAUAUAUAUACGUAUAUAUAUAUACAUAUAUAUAAAAGAUAUAUAGAGAUGCAUUCACAGGGGUUGGCUGGGAGGAGGAAAGACACCAUUCUGUGACCAAAAUACCUAGGUCAUUUUUUUUUAUUAUUAUUAUUGCCUUAUUUUCCUAUGGCUGAGCCUUGUUGCAACACAUCAAGCUUUUCUAUAGAUGUUUUCUUGGCUUCCCACCAGAUUAAGCAUUCAUACACUCUGCUUUUAGUAUAUAUAUAUAUAUAUAUACACACACACACACACACACACACACAUACAUUCACACACAUAAUGUCUGUCCUUUCUUAAUUUUAUCUUUUGUUUGGGAUCAGCUGCUUGCACUCCUUUUCUGACUCCUUUUCUGACUCAACCCUUAUUGUCUUCCCUUCUCUCACCUCAUCACGUUAUCUUUUAUUUUUGGGAGUGAUCCCUGGAUGAGGCACUUCUGUUAAUCUUUUUAAACUCUGGUGUCCCAGCUGCAGAAUGGAGAAGCCUUGAAGUAUGGUGUGGUUCGAGAUAGUUGUGGAGAGAGUAUUCAAAAUACUACUGACGCAGGCACCCUGAUGGUGCUGGAGAGUGUAAGGAAUCUCUCUUCAUUAGCUGCUCUAAGCAUCAGGAAUCAGAAGUAUUUCUAUUAAGUUGUGCAAGAGACCCUUUGGAGGUUAUAAUUUGGGAUCAGUUUAUGUAACUGUCAAAAGAUGGUCAAAUUAAAAGGGGCUUUCAAUAGGAAAAAUUAUAUAUUCAGAAGCAGAAAUGACUCUUAGUAGUCUGGUUCAGGAGCUAGUGAAAUAUCUAGACUUACACAGCUGUCUUCCAAGGUAGCUUUAAGCUAUGACGUGUGUGUGGGCUUCUGAGUUCUGAGUUCACAUUCUGAAGGCAAUACGUUUCCUAUUUUGAACAUGCCCAGUUGUUUUCUUUCCUAUUAUGUUCUUAAGGAGCACCAGCCAAUCUGCUCCGAGUUUCCACUCUGUAGAACGUAAGUGUGGGUACUAGUGGCAAGGCAGUGGUUCUUUGAUCUUCUCCCUUAACUCUCAGAUGGCUCCUAAGGGAAGAAGGAAGCACGCAAUCAUGGGAAUGCUAACCCUGAGCAAAAAGAAAUCUUGUCUUACCACUAUGGUUUAUAGGAGAGAUCAGGAGAAAACCAUUUUUCUUUCUCCAUGACCUAUUUCCUCAAGAGACUGAUCCAAAAAUUAUAGCGGCAGGGAACUCUUAGUGCAUUUGGCACUGAGACUUAGUGCAACCAGAGUUGUCCUCAAGGCCCAGCCAUUAAAACUUGUCUCUCUUGACUUUCUGGUAUCUUGUCAGAGAGCUUUUUCACUGUGAGGAAGUGUGGAGAUGGCUGUGUGGAUGUGUGUAAUCUGUUAGGUUGGGGAUAGGUUUUCUGUUAGCCAAAACUAAAAGAGACCUGCAAUAAAGAAUUACCCUGAUCUGAUAGAAAGUGAAGUGUUUGUGUAUGGCUGUGUGUGAAUGUGUGUUUGUGCCUGUAUAUAGCUACACACAAAUGAAAAACUAUAUUUGAAAUUGUUAGAAAAAUAAAUCAAAUUCAGAUCAAAAUGCCUUUCAGGCCCAUUACCUAGAAAUCUACCUUAAAACCUGGGUAUGUUCCUGAGGUCAUUUUCUUUUCUUAUGCUAAAUUAGUUACAAUUAUGAAUAUACUAUUGCACUUUUAAAAGAAGAAACUAUUUUUGUGUUUCAAAGUGAAGCCAACAUCCAGGUCUAUAGCAGAGUCCUAUAUUCCUUUCACAAGUCUUUUUACCUUGACUACAAAUAGAUGAUGCUAUGAUUCUACUAUAUAUUUUUUAUAAAAUCUAUCCAAAUUAGGGUUUUGGGUAAGUUUGUGUUGUUUAACCUAAAAUACAGUAACUUAAUAUUCUUAAAGAAAGAAAGAAAAAAAAAAAAAACAGCUCACUCCAUUGGACCCUUUCUGGGCAGACCUAACAUUGUUUAUGUAACACUCAGGAACAAUUGACAAGGAACUCUCCCCAGGUCAGUCCUGUUGAUGCUGAAGUCAAAGUCGCCCGUCCCCAACCAUUUUCCACCUUUAUCCCCACUGGAAGGCAGAAAUCAAAACCUGGUGUUUUCUCUCUGUAAUCAUGUACACAGGCAUCUUGGAAGGAAAGGGACAGGAGAACUCACACAAGUGUGCAGUAUUUUGCUAGGGCAUCUCAAGGAAUGGCAUCUUCUCUAGUAAAUUGUUCGAUGUGAACUAGCUUGACGCUGAGGACUACAGUCGUGUAGGUCAUUGUUCAUGAUUCUCUGGGAUGGAAUGCUGGUGUGCCCUGGACUCUCUUUGUUGGCAUGACUAGGAGUGAAUUUACAUCCAGUUCUUUUCACUUGCCCUAUUUCCUUCUCACUAGGGAAACCCCAUAGCCAGUAUCUCUGGCCUCCACAACAGAAGCAACUGGUGCUUUUGUUUCCCCUCAGCAGAGAACCACUGAGUCUUCUACAGGAAGGUAGGAGCCAACAUUCCUUGAGUCAGGAGCUUAUUGCUGAAAGUCCCUCCCUCUGGACUUCUGGCCAGCAGAAAUUAAUGUAACUGACAGGCAUUGAUUCUGACUUUUUUUUUUUAAGUUGCUUUUUAAAAAAUUUUUUUUAAAUGACCAAACAUUGCAGGACAGGGCAGGGCAGGGCCUGCCCAAUGAAGUGAUACUAUUAAGGCACUUGCUCCUUGGCCCUUCAGGUUGCCCGUUCACAUUCAUCUGCUUAUUAUCACUUGACUGUCUCCCCUUUUACCCAGAGCAGUAUCAAUCCACACCAUCUUCUGUCAGGGACCUCCCAGCCGGCACUCUGUGGGUGUUUUGCAGAAUGCAAUUUAAUGGAUGUUUCUCAGCCUGGUUCAGAAUAAACAGAACCUUUGAUCUCAGAAUAGACUGAAGUGUAGGGUAAAGAUUAUGAUUGGGGGAGGGUUAGAGACAAAAGCUGUAAAUUACUAUGGCUGAUUUAUUUCUACUAUAUACAUAUAUAUAUAUUUUUUUGCCUUUGUAUAUCCUAUAUAGGAAACUAAGCAUUGUAUUUUUUUUUAACAAAUUUGAGAAAGCACUAUGAACUGCAGAUGUUUGACUUUCAGAAUAUAUUUUGUAUUGUUCAUAUCUACACAUUGUGUGAAUGAAUACUGGAAGCUGCAGAUCUUUGCUAGGACGCAAUAAAUUUAUAGACUUUU